AUGAACGCCCUCACCACGACUCGAUUUCUGCGUCAAGCAGGACGCUGUACACGAGGAUCCCAGCUUCAGCUUCAGCUUCGAGCCGUGUCGACGCUCAGUAACAACUCUCACAUUUUCGUCUUCCAAGACCCCGAUGCUCCCUCCGCUCACCUGCUCUCCCUUCUGCCUUCAGACCCGCCGACACCCUCACUCGCAAUCGGCACCACCACCAAACUACCGCCGACGCCGGCCUCAUUCACAGAAAACCCCAAGUUCCUUCCCAUCCUACACGCAGUCAUGGCCGAGAACGCGGCAUCAGAUCCCGCCGUCCAGGCACAGGCCGCGGUUAUGAUUUCGGCGUCGGGCACCUCCUUGUUCCAGGCGGCGCGGCGCCAGCGCGGCGACACCAACGCCAGUGCCAGCGCCGCCAGGGGGGGUUGGGUCCACGUCUCGGACGGGCGGCGAGCUCCCGAAUACGGCCGCAUUGCUGAGCCGGAGGAUAUUUUCGGCAGUGUCGAGGUCGAUGGGGACGGCACUUUUGUCGACGGCCAUGGCAGAUAUCAGCCUAGUGGGACCUAUCGGAUCUGUACGAAUGAUGGGAUUCUGGGCUUGACGGAGUUCAUGAGGGACAGGUUGGUGCAGCGGUUGAAGGUCCAAGAGUCUGCCGAGAAAAAUCAUAAGACGUGA